ACACAAUUAGUGAUAAUAGCGGUUUAUGCGAAACGUGUAAAUUGAAUAACAUUAAAUUUUAGGAUUUUAUUUUUGUUGUGUUGCAUUGGCGAUAUCGACGCCGCCAUUUUUCCUACUAUCGAUUGCGGGACUUUCGCCGCUCCGCUCCACCACACCUCCGGCAAAAAUAAUUCCCUUAAUCAAAAUGAGCAGCUCCGAGGAAGUCUCUUGGGUCACCUGGUUCUGUGGGCUUCGUGGCAAUGAGUUCUUCUGUGAGGUCGAUGAGGACUAUAUACAGGAUAAGUUCAAUUUAACUGGUUUAAAUGAACAGGUGCCCAAUUAUCGUCAAGCCUUGGAUAUGAUAUUGGACCUGGAACCCGAGGAUGAACUCGAGGACAAUCCAUUGCAAUCGGAUAUGACCGAACAGGCUGCUGAAAUGCUCUAUGGCUUAAUACAUGCUAGAUAUAUAUUGACAAAUCGCGGCAUCGCUCAAAUGAUUGAGAAAUAUCAAACUGGUGAUUUUGGCCAUUGUCCACGUGUCUACUGUGAGAGCCAGCCCAUGUUGCCAUUGGGACUUUCUGAUAUACCCGGCGAGGCAAUGGUCAAGACUUAUUGUCCCAAAUGUAUUGAUGUUUAUACACCAAAAUCAUCGCGUCACCAUCAUACCGAUGGUGCCUAUUUUGGUACUGGAUUUCCACAUAUGCUAUUUAUGGUGCAUCCUGAAUAUCGCCCUAAGCGUCCUACUAAUCAAUUUGUUCCAAGGCUGUACGGCUUUAAAAUACACAGCUUAGCUUAUCAAAUUCAACUACAGGCAGCAGCUAAUUUCAAAAUGCCACUACGAGCGCAGCAACGUGGCCAACCGCCAAAGGAUGAAGAGCCCGAGAAUAAUGCCAUCGAUAUCGAUACGAUUCCAAAGCGCAUCUAAAACAAAAAGAGAAUAGAGCAAAGUAAAACAAAAAAAAACAAAAAAAGGUCCAGUCCAGAAGCUGAUAUAAUUAUAUACCCACACACACACACACACACACACACAUGCAGACACAGUGAGAUAAAAAGGGGCGAAACUUUAAGUUGUGUGAAAAACUAGUUUAAUAAUUAUGGAAAAAAAAACGAAAACAAAAACAAACAAAAAAAUGUCAACCAAAAAGCAAAACGUCAACAACAAAAAACUGCAACAUUCAGGUUCUGCAAAAGAUCAACUUGGCUGUGUAGCCUUUUGAUCCAUACGAAUAAGCAGAAUAAGGGGGGCCAUUAGGCAAGAGGGCUGCCACAUACUUAUACAUAUACAAACAAACACACACAGACACAUACAAAUAUAUUUUAUUACUAUGAUUUUUGGUUUUAACU